CUUGCAGGUGUGUCGGCUCAGUCCUUCCUGCACUGCUUCACGCUGGCCAGCGCCGCCUUCAACCUGCAGGUGGCCACCCCUGGGGGGAGGACCAUGGACUUCGUGGAUGUGACCGAGAGCAAUGCCCGCUGGGUGCAGGAUUUCCGCCUCAAGGCCUACGCAAGCCCCGCCAAGCUGGAGUCCAUUGAUGGUGCCCGGUACCACGCCCUCCUGAUUCCCAGCUGUCCUGGGGCCCUGGCCGACCUGGCCAGCAGUGGGUCCCUGGCCCGCAUCCUCCAGCACUUCCGCUCAGAGAGCAAGCCCAUCUGCGCUGUUGGCCACGGCGUCGCCGCCCUCUGCUGCGCCACCAACGAGGACCGGUCGUGGGUGUUCCAGGGUUACAGCGUCACGGGGCCGUCCGUGCACGAGCUCGUCAGGGCACCUGGCUUCGCUCGCCUGCCCCUCAUCGUGGAGGACUUCGUGAAGGACGCGGGCGCCAGCUUCAGUGCCAGCGAGCCUGACGCCGUGCAUGUGGUGCUGGACCGCCACCUUGUCACGGGCCAGAACGCCAACUCCACAGUCCCGGCCGUGCAGAAUCUGCUCUUCCUGUGCGGCAGCCGGAAGUGAGAUGCCUUGGUGCCCAGCCUGCCAGUGGACGCCGCCUCCUCAGGUCUCCGGACCCCUGCCUCUGUGACCGCCCCUGAGAGUGACUUUCCAGGCCCCUGCCUGACCCUGUGGGAUUGAGGCCUCCAGGAAUGAGCCCUGAGGGGCGUUUUCGUUGGAGCAGAGGGAGGGCUGAGGGCUGACGGGUGGUCUCUGAGAAUUCCAAGUGGGCGGAGCACAGAGAGCUGGUCUGAGUCCGCCAUGCAGGUCUUGAUGUGGGGUCUCAGCCCCUGGGGUCUUCCUGGGCGCUGGGUGGUGGGCCUCUCACCCUUCCUGCCCUGUCCGCCCAGGCUGAGCCUCUCCAGGACGCCAGGGUCCCGUCUUGUGAGGUGACAGUGUUGGGGGGCUGUGCUCCAGCUGGCUGGGGCCGCCUCAGCACUGCUCGCUUGGGUACAAACCCCUGGCCCCUGACAGGCUGGGGCUGAAGGAGCCGCCCUAAUUGUAAUCCUUGCCUGGCGUGUGGUUUCAAAUUGUGAUGGUGACACUCUGCGAGGCCAGGGUAGACCUUGGGGCAGGUGUCACCAUGUCCUCUCAGAACUGAUGGAAAUGUGCUUACUUCAGAGUAUGGCACUGCUCGCCCACAGUGCUGCCCGGGUGGCCUCCGGGCUUGCAGAGUAGAAGGGACAGGAGCAUAGGCCCUGCCUGGCAGGAGGCCUUGCGUGUGGCCGGCCUUUGCUGGGGAUGCCCUCUCCCCGUGCGUCCGGAUCACCCUCUGGUCUCCUCGGGGUGCCUGGCCCAGCCUGCGGCCUGCGGUGGGACUUCCCGGUGCUGCUCGGGCCUUCUCUUGGGUCCCACCCCGCCCUUCCCCUCCCCUCCCCAUCUGGGCCCAGCUCUGCGUCCAGCCCCUCGGGAUGGAGCAGGAGGAAGGAAACAAGGCACCACCGGGUCUUAGGCCGCCUCUUCCAGUGCAGUGGGCCAUGCUGAGAGGCUCCCUCCUCUGGGGCGUAUGCCGGGAGCACUGUCCCGGGAGCUCCUGACCCCAUUGCCCUGCUCUGUGCACACCGCGGCUGGCCGGCUCCGUCCGGGGCCUCGGUCCUGCUCCACGGAUCAUGCCUCGUGGGUAUCAUCUGCGUGAGCUACUCAGAGCUGUGCUUUGGAGUUUCGGAUCCAGGUGCUGGGUGGGCCCUGCCGAGUGCCCCACACAGCUGUUCCCUGGGUGGCCGCUGUGGCUUAGCCCUCUGUUUGCCAGGUCCAGGGUGUGGGGUGGGGGGCACCUCCAGGCUUCGAGAAGUGCAGGAGCCCCCUGAAUGGGGCAGGGUGUGGGUGCGGGCGACCCCACAAUGCCUAGGACUUUAAAACAGACCCUGACAUCUGCCUACGAGAAAUAAUCUCAGAAGCAAUGCAUAAGUAUCUGUAGCAGCAUUUUUCACAAUAACAAACGUUUUAAACAAAUUGUAGUUUUCUCAGCUA